AUGGGGAAGAUCACCUUCUACGAGGACCGGGGCUUCCAAGGCCGCCACUACGAGUGCAGCAGCGACCACCCCAACCUGCAGCCCUACUUCAGCCACUGCAACUCCAUCCGCGUGGACAGCGGCUGCUGGAUGCUCUACGAGCAGCCCAACUUCUCCGGCUGCCAGUACUUCCUGCGGCGCGGCGACUACCCCGACUACCAGCAGUGGAUGGGCCUCAGCGACUCGAUCCGCUCCUGCCGCCUCAUCCCCCACACCAGCACGCACCGGCUGAGGGUCUACGAGCGAGAGGACUACAGAGGCCAGAUGGUGGAGAUUUCGGAGGACUGCUCCUCGCUCCAUGACCGCUUCCACUUCAGUGAGAUCCACUCUUUCCAUGUCCUGGAGGGCUGGUGGGUCCUCUAUGAGAUGCCCAACUACCGGGGUCGGCAGUACCUGCUGCGGCCGGGGGACUACAGGCGCUACCACGACUGGGGGGCUCUGGAUGCCCGAGUGGGCUCCUUAAGGAGGGCUGUGGAUUUCUAUUGA